AUGGCUGAGAAGGUAGAUUACUUAACCUUGUUCAAUGAAUAUGAAUCAGACAUCAAUCAGGUUAGAGAUCAGAGUUACGCAACUGAACAGAAGAUGGUUAUGUUAGAGAAUGUAGUUUCUGAGAUACGUAAGGAAAAUAGGUUUAGAAAUUUAACUGAUUUGCUGGUUGUUGGUGUAAUGGCUAUUUUCGCAUGUCUUCUAGUAACCCCUUCUCAGUUCUACUCGCAUCUUAAAUCUUAUCCCUUCUCUUCUAUACUCGAUUCUGUUAUCUUUAAUCUUAUUCCUUCUCUUCUCUACUCGCUUCUUCAUAUGGAUUCUACGAAUCCCUUCUAUCAGUCUUCUUCUUACUUAAACCUGCUUAACAGUCAAGAAGAAGGUGGUUUAAAUGAUAACUUUCAUUGGGAAAGUUAUCCACCUUCUGGACAGAGCUCACAACCUUCUCCUCACAGCUCCCAACCUUCUCCUCACAGCUCCCAACCUUCUCCUCACAGCUCGCAAGAAACACCAAAAGAGCGCAAGGAGAGAAAGACAUGGACACCUGCUGAUGAUGAAGUCUUGAUCUCCGCAUGGCUCAACACUUCAAAAGAUCCCAUCGUUGCAAAUCAACAAAAGGGAGGAAGCUUCUGGAGCAGGAUUCAAAAAUACUAUUGUGACACUCCUCACGCUAGAAACGGUGGGGAACAGAUGCUGGUGACACAUUGCAAGCAGCGUUGGCACAAGAUAAAUGACCAUACUAACAAGUUCUGUGCCGCAUUCGCAGCUGCGGAGAGACAGAACAGCUCUGGUCAUUCUGAAAAUGAUAUCAUGAAGAAUGCACAUGAUAUCUACUUCGCUGCCCAUAACAAGAGAUUCAACCUUGAACAUUGUUGGUUUCGUUUAAGGUUUGAGCAGAAAUUUCUAUCCCUUAACACUAUUAACACGACCCCAGCUCAGCCUGCAACAAAGAGGAAACAAGCUGGUGAAGGUUCGCAGUCAUCAAGCUGCAGUGUUGAGGAGUCUGAGAAGAGGCCAGAAGGGAUCAAGGCUGCCAAGGCGAAGAGGAACAAUGCUCAGUCCACAAACGUGAAGACUCUUGCUGAGUAUAAGAGCAUGUGGGAUGUCAAGAAAGAGGAAUUAGCUGAAAAGGAGAAACUACAGAAGCUGGCCAUCCUAGACACUCUCCUAGCCAAAAAAGAACCCUUGAGUGCGAGUGAAGAAAUCAUCAUGAACAAGAUAGUGUCCCAGUAUUUCUGA